AUGGGCCACCUAAUCGACACCCUCAAAGAAAAAAUCCACCACCACUCCGACCCAGCAGCCCACACGACCAAACCCCCCAUCACCCAACACAACGCCACCUCCUCCCCGCAAGACUCCGCCAUCGCGACCCACAACUUCGCCCGCAACACCAAAUCCCUCCCCGCCGUCACCUGGGACGACGGCCUCGCGGCCGAUGCCACCGCCUACGCCCAGAAACUCGCCGACGAGGACAACAUGCACCACUCGGGCGUGGAGGGCCAGGGCGAGAAUCUGUAUUGGAGCUCGGAGGGGAAUGCGGAGCUUGCGGAUGCGGUGCAGAUGUGGUUGAAGGAGGGGGAUAAGUAUCAUGGGGAGAAGAUUGGGGAGGGGAAUUUGAGUGAUUGGGGCCAUUAUACUCAGGUCAUGUGGAGUGGCUCGACGCAUCUCGGUAUGGGCAAGGCUCAGUCUAAGGCUGGAGGGACGUACAUCGUCGCCAGGUAUACGCCUCAAGGAAAUAUGUAUGGAGAGAAGCCAUACAGCUGA